AUGGAGAAAACCCCUAGUCCGAGGGCCAGUCCCGCCACCAAAGUCCCCAGCGCAUGCCAGCGCUGUCGACGUCAGAAGCUAAAGUGCGACAUCCAACGGCCUUGUACCCUCUGCACCCGCGCUGGGGUCCGCUGUCUUCCCGGUUCGGCAACCCGCUGGCGACCCUACCGGCAUCCGCAGGAUACGCCCGCGUCACCAAGGGUCCAGACACCAAAUACAAGUGCCCCGAGACGCCAUGCGAGUUCACCCCAUGCCAUCGGUUCUGGCCAACGUCCUGUCGAGACUCCAACGCCAGGGACACCAUCGCACCGAAAGGAUCGUGAUUGGAUAUCAAGCUCGACUAUGUCCCUUCUAGGCGGAGCAUUCAACCUUCACAAUGUGGCCGCACCGGAGCCACCUGCAACGGACGCACUCCCGGGAGCCCCCUUGCAAGAGCCUAGAUCUGCUUCACCGAGCGUUGAGUUUGACACAUCUGAGCCUUCCUCUUCAACUGCACUCGCGCCUUGCGACCUGUCCUCUUCCGUUACGGGGGACUUGGCAUCCCUACUACCCAGCUUUGACGCGGCCAGUUUUCUCGUAGAUACAUAUUUCGAUCGAGCGCACUGGUUCAUGUUGGUCUUCUAUCAAGACGAGUUUCGUCAGCGGUGGCCCAAACUGUACGGUGGCUCUACUGAGAGGCCUUCAAGAUACGCCCACCAUCACCUCGGCUUUCUCAGCACCUUCCUGAUCGUGAUUGCUAUUGGGCUGCAGUACGCCGGGCCCUAUCGACGAGAGAUUCUCUCGAGAUUUGGGGUUGAAAUUGCCCUUAGGGAUCGCAUUCUCUCUGUUGUGAGAUCGGGGCUUCUUGACAUCAUGUCUUUAGGCUCUUUAGAAGCAGUCCAAACCUGCAUUCUACUCGCCCAAGCUCUACAAUUACACCGCCGACGGAAUCCGGUUCAAUCGACUGAUUUUCGAACUCGCAAUGAAACUCGCAAAAGAUGCUGGUGGGCAGUGUAUGAGAUUGAAACAUUUUCUGCCGUGGCAUAUGGGUAUCCGCACAGUAUCCGCGAUGAUGACUGCGACGUAGAACCGUUGGAUCCAUCCGCCAAGCUUCAGACUAUGCAGUCUCCAAGUUCAUUCGAUGAACCUCUGACGUCGGAUCCAACGCUACUUUCCUACAAGUACUUCAUAACCAAACUAUCUACCAUCACAAAGGGAGCCUUGGAUGAUCUGUAUCGCGUUCGUUCGCAUGCAGCUAGCCGAUCUCACCCAGAUUCAUUGGAUAUCCAAAGAAUCGUUCGAAAAGUUGCCGACUACGACUGUCGACUCCGUCAUUGGGAAGCAGAGAUUCCUCUCCCACUCCAGUGGCGCCGGGUCGCUCACCAGUCUCAUUAUGCCUCUGCCGAAGAAGUCGAUCGCGAUAUUGGAGCCUCAGGGCCUCGCUUCGAGAAUCAUAUUUAUCAACUCCAAGCUCUGGCUCUGUGGCUUGCGUAUCAGAACGCACGCAUUCUCACGCACCGUCCACUUCUUUCCUACACGUUGUCCGCUGGAGAGCGAACCAGCAAGUAUAAUGGUGAUGCUGCAUAUUCGGUCGACCCAUUGAAUGCCUCUUUGAACGCUUGCCGUGAUGCAGCGCUCGGCAUAUCGGAGAUUUUGUCAAGUCCCUUAUUAGAAGUGGUUUCGGAAACAUAUGCGGCUUCAUUCGUUAGCAUUCAUACAUUUACAGCAGGCGUGACCCUUGGUAUCCUCAGCAGCAUGGAUCCUCUAGGUCCACACUCUACCGAGACCAAGUCCGGACUCCGCAAAUUGAUCGGCAUCCAGGACAAGCUCCGAACACACUCAGCUGCAGCGCAGCAGGGAUUGACUAUCCUUCAGCGCUUGGUGAAAUUGAUCAUGGAAAAAGAACUCAGUGUAAUGAUGGAAUUGUCUACUUCUGCAACCACUGCACGUUCAAGUGAGCCGACAAUAACGAAUUCCUCAUCAAGACAGAGAAUUUCGGGCCAAGUCUCCGAUGGACCAGCAGCUCGAAGCAAUGCCAUUGAUCCUACUGGGGUGUCCACAGCAGUCGUAGGCUCAGUUGCUCCGGAAAUCCCAGCUGAAGAUAGAUCCGCCCAAUACAUGCAUGAUCCUGCUCUCGCGGCCGCCCUUCAAGACUUUGAUCAAGCUCUGUCAAACUAUGCCCCUCGAGCCCAAGUAGGGUCUGAUGGCAGCCCAGAAAACCCGUCAUUCUGGCCCACCGCGGAGGCCUUUCCGAUCCUGGAGCAGAGUUGGAUGUGGGGUCUAGAAGGUGCACCUUUCUACGGGGAGCACACGAGUCCAAGUCACGGUAAUUAUAUACCCUGA